CUCUCUCUCUAUAUAUAUAUAUAUAUAUAUGUAUGUGUGUGUGUGUAUGUAUAUGCGUGGAAGGAAGAUAUAUAGAGAGAGAAGGGUAAUGAAAAUGUAAGAUGACCUGGUCAAAUCAAAGUAGAAUUCCCCCAGAAAGACGCAUAAUCCCUCUCAAUAUUUGAUGGGUGGUUUUCAAAAAUCGAGGGAUUUUUUUGUUGGCGGAUGAGAUGAUGCAGUUUUAAAACAUCUUCUCCCUUCUCCUGUCCAAAAGGUCCUGCUAAUUUUUUUCGCAACUGAUUGCCUAUGUAAACGCUCUGGUGUAGGCAUUUGACGAUGCCUCUAAAUUCGGCACCGCAAUCAAACUUAGAAACUGCAACCAUGAGUGACCAUAUGCAAGGACCUCCUGAGCGCCACAUUCGAUCAAGUAUGGAAAAAAUCGACCUAGAAAGCACUGAGGAUGAAAAGAAGUCUAAGCGCCACUCUUUUAAGCAAAGGGCAAUUACUGCCUCUAAGAGGUUCAGAACUUCCUUCACCAAGAAGGGACGAAGGAACAGUAGAGUCAUGUCUGUUGUGGUUGAAGAUGUGCAUGAUGCAGAGGAAUUGAAGGCAGUCGAUGCUUUACGUCAAGCUUUAAUCUUGGAAGAACUACUACCUGCAAAGCAUGAUGAUUACCAUAUGAUGUUAAGAUUUUUGAAGGCCAGGAAAUUUGAUAUUGAGAAGACCAAACAAAUGUGGGCUGAUAUGCUCCAAUGGAGGAAGGACUUUGGUGCAGAUACCAUUAUGGAGGAUUUCGAAUUUGAAGAAAAAGAAAAUGUUAUUGAAUACUACCCUCAUGGACAUCAUGGGGUUGAUAAGGAUGGAAGACCUAUCUAUAUUGAGAGACUUGGUAAGGUUGAUGCUACCAAGCUCUUGCAAGCUACAACCCUCGAGCGUUAUGUUAAGUACCAUGUAAUGGAGUUCGAAAGGACCUUCAGAGAUAAGUUCCCAGCCUGCUCAAUUGCUGCUAAAAAGCACAUUGAUCAAAGCACCACCAUUCUUGAUGUACAAGGAGUGGGGCUGAAAAGCAUGAACAAAGCUGCUAGGGAACUUAUCCAAACUCUCCAGUCCAUUGAUGGUAACAACUAUCCUGAGACUCUGUGUCGCAUGUACAUAAUCAAUGCUGGGUCUGGCUUUAGGCUGUUGUGGAACACGGUGAAAUCUUUCCUUGACCCAAGGACUGCCGCUAAGAUUCAUGUUUUGGGCAACAAAUACCAGAGCAAACUCCUGGAAAUCAUCGAUGCCAGUGAACUUCCGGAGUUCUUGGGUGGUACCUGCACCUGCGCAGACAAAGGUGGUUGCAUGCGCUCUGAUAAAGGUCCAUGGCAAGAUCCAGAUAUCAUGAAGAUGGUCUGUAAUGGUGAACACAAAUGUUCAGAGCUUGAAAUUCCUGAAGAGAAGAUCAUUUCUGAGGAUGAGUGUGCUAACAAGACUGUUACUAACCAAGCUUCUUUCAAAUUGGAUGUUGAAUCUGCCAAAAUGCAGAGGGACCACAACAACCCUGCAUACCUGCCUUCUGUUUGUGAAGAGGAUUCUAUAAACAAAAACAUCCUGAGUGCAAAUGAGACCAAAGACUACUUGCCCAUCGUUGACAAGGCUGUUGAUGCAACUUCAUGUAAACCUCAGCAGAAGCUUGCCCUUUCUAUAGGUGUUGAUGAUGAUUGCAAGCUUAGUUGUACUACUAAACUAGCGAACCAGGUGGUCGCGGGUGUAAUGGCGUUGAUUAUGGGAAUUGUGACUAUCAUGCGUAUGACCAGUAACAUGCCCAGAAAGCUUACAAAUGUGACUCUUUCAUCUGUCGGGCUUUUAGAAGACGAUUAUAAGAAGAAAGAGUUGGAAACAACCACCAUCUCCACCGCCGAAUACCUCACCUUAAUGAAGCGUUUAUCGGACCUGGAGGAGAAGGUCAUUAUUCUCACCAACAAACCGGCUGAGCUGCCACCAGAAACAGAAGAGAUGCUCAAUAACGCUUUGACUCGUGUCGAUGCUUUGGAAUCAGAGCUCGCUGCUGCCAAGAAGGCUCUUGAAGAGUCCCGAAGUCAACAACAAGAGCUGGUGGCCUACAUGGAGAAACAGAAGAGGAGGAAGAAGAAGAAGUUCUUUGUUUUUUAAACCCAAAUAUUGCCCCUGUUUGUAAUUGGAAA